UGCACAACGAGCACCGGAAAGAGACCAAAUUAUCCCAAAUCGAGGAAGAAGGAAUGCUCCCGAACCGGCGAGAUGACAUGCUCUACGGCUUGGAGGAUUCGCCGCGUUGGUAUCUCUCUGCUCUCCUGGGCUUCCAACAGUACCUGAUAGCAUCCUCCGGAGCGCUAAGUUACCCAUUUAUACUGGCUCCGGCGAUCUGUCUGAGAGAUUCCGACCCGGGGCGGGGUUACCUGAUCUCAACCAUAUUCUUCGUGUCCGGAUUCGCGACUCUUCUACAAACAACUUUCGGUAUACGGCUGCCAAUCGUGCAAGGAUGCAGCGUAACCUUCCUUGUUCCGAUCGUGGCCAUAAUGUCGCUGCCCGAGUGGAAAUGUCCAUCCGAACAAGAUAUCAUUGCUCUUCGGAGCGACAAUUCUACGGGUCCUGUGACUCAAGAUGAGUGGACCCAUCUCUGGCAAACCCGCAUGCGCGAAAUUUGUGGAGCUAUCAUCAUAUCGUCGGUCUUCGAAGUCGUUCUCGGAUUCACCGGUGUUGUUGGAAGUCUUCUGAAAUGGGUAACUCCGCUCGGCAUAACACCGACGAUUGCCCUCAUCGGGCUGUUCCUCUUCGAAGAGGCUGCCGAUCUCUGCUCGAAAAAUUGGACAGUUUCAAUGCUGGCCAUCACGCUGAUGACAUUGUUUUCCCAGUACCUCACCAAUGUCAAGUGUCCACUCCCAGUAAUCACGAAGUCCGGCUUGAGUUUGAAGAAAGCUCCGAUCUUCAAAGUGUUUCCGGUUCUGAUGGCACUAUUAGCAUCGUGGGCGAUCUGUGGUAUUCUGACGGUCUCUGAUUAUUUUGGACCCGAAAAUGCCGCUAGGACAGACCUCCGGACGAAUAUCAUCCGAGACAGUCCCUGGAUACGAUUCCCCUACCCAGGCCAGUUCGGUGCGCCCACUUACACGGUUGGCGCCGUGAUCGGUAUGCUAUCAGCGAUCGUUAGCUCAAUCAUUGAAUCCAUCGGAGACUACCUGGCCUGCGCUUCGCUAUCCCGCGCACCGACCCCACCGAAGCACGCUAUCAACAGAGGGAUCAUGUUCGAAGGCGCUGGAAGCAUAAUCGCAGGUUUCUUCGGCGCUGGCUGUGGACUGACCUCAUACUCGAGCAACAUAAGCAUCAUCGCUCUCACUAAAGUGGCUUGCCGGUCCGUAAUCAUUUGGGCUGCACUGUUUAUGGUGGGUUUCGGCAUCAUAGGCAAACUCGGAGCGCUUUUCGCAACGAUUCCGGACCCGGUCAUCGGCGGAGUUUUCGUGGUGUCUUUCUCGCUGAUAUCGGGUGUUGGAAUCGCGUCCGCUAAACAAGUGGACCUGCAUUCAUCGCGGAAUCUUUACGUUCUUGGAACCUCGUUGUUCGGGGGAAUCAUGAUCGCUCAUUGGACCAGGAGACAUCCGGAGUCGAUCCAGACCGGCAACCUGAUGCUCGACCAAACUAUAACCAUCUUGCUAUCGACUUCCAUGUUUGUGGGCGGAGCGCUGGGAAUAUUUUUAGAUAACACAAUCCCGGGCACGUUGAAAGAACGUGGACUCGUCGAGGAUAAGGAAGCAUCGGAAGAGCCAGACAUGACAUGCUACGGCGUUCCGUUCAUGGGGAGUCAGCUCGAAAAAUUGCCAUUCCUGCCGUUCAGCCCGACUUACACGAAAUCCCCGCUACCGGGGCUCAUCAGGAGUAUAUCUCGGGGUAGCAAGAGAUCCACGGCGAGCUCCGCGGCCCAGGAAACCUCUAUACCCUGAGUCCGAAGGGUAUUUUGUCUCUCACUUGUUGACCAACAAUUCUCUGAGGACAGAAUGGGACGAAGACGAAGGCGAUGAGCUUAUUAUCAGUUAUUCUGUUCGGAAUCAUUCCAGAAAUGAGCGAUUCGCGAAGUCGGAAUCCGAGAUGAGGUGCCCCGGGCUCAGUUCGACGGCAGAAGUAGCGAAUAAUCUCGAGAGUCUCGAGUCGGAGGCACACCGAAACAUCACUCACAAGUCAGUUGUCAGUUGUUUGCGA